AAAUGCAUUGUCACUGUAUAUACAUACCAGCUCAGCUGCUCCUGCGCCCGACUCCACAACGGAAGACCGAUAGAUAUAUAACAUGGGAGUCGCGUCACUGACGCUGCUGUGCCUAGUGGCCGCCGCCGCAGCCGGCAUGGCUUCCUCAGCGCCGGGGGCGGGGCCGCGAGUGCCGCCGCCGCUGCCGGUGCUGCCGAUCCCGAACGCGGCGCAGCUGGCGUGGCAGCGGCGGGAGGUGAUCAUGUUCUUCCACUUCGGGAUGAACACGUUCACGGACUCGGAGUGGGGCACGGGCGCCGAGGACCCAUCCAUGUUCGCCCCGGCGGCGCUCAACGCCACCCAGUGGAUGGACGCCGCGUCCGCCGCCGGCGCCUCGCUCGCCAUCCUCGUCGCCAAGCACCACGAUGGCUUCUGCCUCUGGCCCUCCGCCUACACGGCGCACUCCGUGCGGGCCAGCCCGUUCCACAACGGCGCCGGCGACGUCGUGCGCGAGUUCACCGACGCGGCCCACGCGCGGGGCAUCGACGCCGGCCUCUACCUCUCGCCCUGGGACCGCCACGACGCUCGGUACGGCCGGGAGGUCGAGUACAAUGAGUACUACCUGGCCCAGCUCCACGAGCUCCUCACACGGUACGGGAAGGUGUCGGAGAUCUGGUUCGACGGCGCCAAGGGGAAGAACGCGACGAACAUGACGUACCAUUUCCAGGAGUGGUUCCAGACGGUGAGGCAGCUGCAGAGCUCCAUCAACAUCUUCUCCGACGCCGGGCCCGACGUCCGAUGGGUCGGCGACGAGCAGGGCUUCGCCGGCGCCACCUGCUGGUCCACCGUCAACCGCUCCAUGAUCACAAUCGGGGCCACCGGCAUCGAGAAGUAUCUGAACAACGGCGACCCGAGGGGGACGGACUGGGUGCCGCCGGAGUGCGACGUGUCGAUCCGGCCGGGGUGGUUCUGGCACAAGAACGAGACGGCCAAGCCGCGGAGCAAGCUGCUGGAGAUUUACUACAACUCGGUGGGCCGGAACUGCGUGCUCCUGCUGAACGUGCCGCCCAACUCCACGGGCCUCGUCGACGCCCGCGACAUCGCCAGGCUCCGCGAGUUCCGCGCCACCGUGACGCGCAUCUUCGCCACGGAUCUCGCCGCGGGCAGCACGGCCAGGGCCAGCAGCGAGCGCGGCGCCGGGUUCGCGGCGGGGAACGUGCUGCUCGACGACGCCGGAGAGACGUACUGGGCGCCGACGGCGGAGGACGGGCGGCGGAACGGGUACUGGAUCGAGCUCCGGCGGCCGGCGGCGACGAGGGCGAGGGCGUUCAACGUGGUGAGGAUACAGGAGCAUGUGGUGCUCGGGCAGCGGGUGGAGCGGCACGAGGUGUACGUGGACGGGGUGGCCGUUGUGGCUAAUGGAACCACGGUGGGGCACAAGCGGCUGCACCGGCUGCCCGUAGCCGUCGCCGGGAAGACGGUGAGGAUAUGGUUCGUUGCAAGGCGGGGCGUGCCGCUGGUGUCGGCGGUGGGCCUCCACCUCGACCCAUUCGCAACUAACGUGAUGUGAUGUGAUUGUCGUCCAAUAAUUGUUGUUGCGUGGGCCGUCGACGUCGUCCCAAAGAAGGACCAAGCAGUUCGUCGGCCCAUGCCCCACUGGCGGUAAAACAGCUGCAUUCUUUUGGAUCGAUCAAAAUCGAAACAUGAAUUCAUAUAUUCAAAACGUCGGGUUUGCUUGAUUUAAAUGCCGAAA